AUUUCUGUGUUAGAAACCUCGUUUCUGAUGUAUCCAGGGACCGCCAAUUUCACUCUCGAGCUAGUGCCUUGCAGAACGGAGCUGUUACCGGAAUCUACUAAUUACGCCGCUUGAACUCCAAGGGCUUCGUUUCGUCCAGGAAGACGUUGAAAGGUCAGAGCAUUAGAAUGGACACAGAAUCAGCGUAGAGAAGUACUGAAGUAGUCGAAGAAGAAGACGACGACGACGACGAAGGGAGGAAGGGAUCAGCUGGGCUUUAAUUGAUACCACGUGGGCCAUGACCAAAACAAUAAAAGGAAGCCCAUAAAUAGAUUAAAUGAUAUAAGCCCAGCAUCAGCCCACUAACGUGAAUGAAAGCUGAGCCCAACAUUCCAAUGAAGAAGAAAACUCAAUCCUCGCAUUAGGGCUAAGAAGAACUUCGUGAGACAGCUCAAGAAGACAAAAGGCGCCAAGUGAAGCAACCCGCCAUAGAGAGACCUUCUUCUAUCUUAACUGGUUUAAUGAAACUAUAGUUUUUGUGGAAAAGUUGCUAUUUGCUAUAGGGAGGUGAAGGUAUUCUGUGCAAGUGUGUGGUGGAAUUUUCUGUUGUUUGAGCUUAAGGUGCUUCGUUAGAGCGGCGGGUUCUGUUUCCGGCUGAAAUCAUGGUGGAAAACAGAGCCUUAACAAGCACGCGGUUCUCCGACCUCAAUCCGUCACUCUCGGAACCGGUCCUCAACGCCCUAACAGAGGCUGGGUUCGAGUACUGCACACCAGUGCAGGCCGCCACGAUUCCCUUGCUAUGUAGUUUCAAGGAUGUCGCCGUCGACGCUGCUACUGGGUCGGGCAAAACCCUCGCUUUUGUUGUCCCUCUCGUUGAGAUAUUCCGUCGCGCCACAGGGCCUACCAAACCUCACGAGGUGAUGGGUGUAAUUAUAUCUCCUACAAGGGAGCUGUCAUCGCAGAUAUUUCAUGUGAUGCAACCUUUCAUAUCGACAUUGCCGAGUGUUAAGUCCAUCCUUCUUGUUGGUGGUGGAGAUGUAAAAGCAGAUUUGAAGAAAAUUGAGGACGGUGCAAAUUUGCUGAUUGGCACCCCUGGAAGAAUAUUUGACAUAAUGGAACGCGUGGAUGCUUUGGAUUUUAAAAACCUCGAGGUUUUGAUUUUAGAUGAGGCUGAUAGGUUGUUGGAUAUGGGAUUCCAGAAGCAGGUAAAUUAUAUUAUCUCUCGAUUGCCAAAGCUUCGAAGAACUGGUCUUUUCUCAGCAACUCAAACUGAGGCUGUUGCAGAGCUAUCCAAAGCAGGAUUGAGGAAUCCUGUGAGGAUUGAAGUUCAAGCAGAAACAAAAUUCAUUAAUGAUUCAGCAUCAUCGCAACAAUUGUCAUCUUCCAAAACACCUUCAGGCCUUCACCUUGAGUAUUUGGAAUGCGAAGCGGAUAAGAAAUCAUCACAGCUUGUAGAUUACAUGAUCAAGAACAAAUCUAAAAAAAUUAUAGUAUACUUCAUGACUUGUGCUUGUGUUGAUUACUGGGGAGUGGUUCUUCCAUGUCUUUCUGUUCUUAAGGGCUUCUCCUUGAUCCCUCUCCAUGGGAAGAUGAAGCAGAGUGCCAGGGAGAAAGCACUGGCUUCCUUUACGACUCUUUCAAGUGGUGUUCUUCUGUGUACUGAUGUGGCAGCACGUGGACUUGACAUUCCUGGUGUUGACUGUAUAGUUCAGUACGAUCCGCCACAAGAUCCAAAUGUUUUCAUUCACAGAGUUGGUCGGACUGCUCGUUUAGGAAGACAAGGCAGUGCUAUAGUUUAUUUAUUGCCAAAGGAGGAAGCUUAUGUUGAAUUUCUUCGCAUAAGAAGGGUUCCUCUUCAAGAGAGGAAUCUUGUUGAUGAUGCUUCUGAUGUUGUUCCACAGAUACGAUCUGCUGCAAAGAAGGAUCGUGAUGUCAUGGAGAAAGGACUCAGGGCAUUUGUUUCAUUUAUUCGAGCAUAUAAAGAACAUCACUGCUCUUACAUCUUUAGAUGGAAGGAACUUGAAAUAGGGAAACUGGCGAUGGACUAUGGCCUAUUGCAACUCCCAUCAAUGUCUGAGGUAAAGCUUCAUUCACUUUCCACUGAGGGUUUCACUCCAGUUGAAGACAUCAAUUUGGGGGACAUCAAGUUCAAGGAUAAAUCUCGUGAGAAACAACGGAAAAAGAAUUUGCAAGCCAAGAAAGAAGCGCAACAGCAAGCGCCAAAACCCCUGAAGCCCAACAAGCCUGCAACUGUUGGACCCAGUGCCAUGAGAAAGAAGACAGCUAAACAGAGACGUGCUGCCCAGACAAUUGAAGAUGCAGAUGAGCUUACUCGGGACUAUCGCCUUCUGAAAAAAUUGAAAAGGGGGGCUAUUGAUGAAACAGAAUAUGCAAAGUUAACUGAAACUGAAGAUUUACUUUGAAGUGCAUGAUUUAAAGGUUGCCGUCUUUUCGGACUAUUGCCUUUUGGAGUCCUAUUCGCCUCCGACGUGGAGUUCUGUUUUGAGAAAAGGAAUCCUGAACCUGGUCUUUAGCUGAAGUCCAGCAUUGAAGGCUUGUUUUGGAGAUUAACUGCAGACAAAGUGUUUCAAAAGUUGUUCAAUGAACUGACUCUGCAGGUGAUGGAAUCAGCUCUCACUCACUUUUUUCUUUUUGGCAUUUUGGCCAGUUUAGGGUUUAGGAUAUUACAUUUGUGUUUGUUUCACUAGACGACGUGGGGAUCAUGCCAAAUGGGAACUAAAGAACCUUUAUAUGACUUGGAAUUCAAGUAUAGUUUAUCUAUCUUUAUUUGCUGGAUUCAAUAAAAUUGGUGAUUGAAGCUUGGAGAUUA